AUUUGCACAAGCUUUUGUGAUCGCACGUGGAUCGCUCAUGCAAUUAAAUUUAUGUGAGCGGUUUAGCGCUCGCAGGGGUAAAUUUUCCUGACCGGGCCUGAUUAUUACAGUAAAAAAGAGCUAAAAUAUAUAAAAAAAAGAUAAAAUAAAAUAGAUAAAAAAGACUUUAUUAUAAAAUAUGCGUUAAUAAACUUAUUCUAUUUAUUUGAAGAUCUCCCCUAGUUUAGAUUAUUGUAACCUUGGUGUAGUGAUUUAUUGCUCAGGUGUUAUUUUCUUAUUGAUAGCCUGGUAUUGUUUUUUAAAUUUUUACCAAAUAUAUAACUGGACAUGCAAACAUUGAGAAACCUAAUAAAGGAUUGAGUGGUUUAACUGAAAUUUGUGUAGGUAAUCAAUGAUAAAAGACAAAAUCAAACAAUUUCCUUCGCAAAGCAUGCAGAAAUUAAAAAUUGUAAUAUAGACAAGCAGUAUUAAGGAAGAUUUGACAUAAAUAAUGACAAUUUUACAUAAAGUUUCAUUUUACUUUUUAACACAUCUCAUUUGAUCAGUUCUAAAUUCUGACUAUUGUGUGUCCAAUAGAAAAAAAACAUUAAGUAAGAAAGUUUCCAAUAUACAAAUAAAAAGCCUUUCAGAACGAAUACAUUAUCAACAAAUCAGAGAAUUAGGAUUAGAAUUGAAGUCAUUCUUUCCAUCAUUUUAAUGUUUACUUUAUUCAAUGCAGAUUUUAGUAACAUGUAUAUCAUCAACAUUUCUUACUUAUACCUGUUAGAGCUGUAAUGUAUAACUCUUUAUAUAAUUUAUAGUUCCACAAUGAGUAAAAUGAUAAAGUAACAAACAUUCAAGCAAAAUGGUUUCACCGGACACAUUGAGUGAAUAUCAUCAGUAUGCUGGUGCAUUGGUUGAUGUUACUGUGUCGGAUGAAGAUAAACUCAAGUUUGCACAAGAAAUCAGUCAGAAUUUCGAGGCAAUAUCAGCUUCUUCUAAUUAUGCAAGCUUUUUGGAGUAUGUUAUACCUAAAAUACUGUCAGUACUCAAGGAUGGGGAGGCACAGUUUCAAUGCGAUUCUAUGAAACAGGAGUUACGAAAGUUGUUGUUGGAAACCAUUCACAGAAUACCUGCUAAUGAUUCACUGAAACCACAUGUUUCUAGUAUUUUGGAUAUCAUGUUUCACAUCCUAGCAAUUGAUAAUGAGGAAAAUGUGUUGGUUUGUUUACGUAUCAUAAUUGAAUUGCAUAAACAGUUUCGACCACAGAUUAAACCGGAAAUCAAAAUGUUUCUCCAAUUUGUUAUUAAUUUCUACAAAGAAUUUCCAAACACGGCAAAAACACAUUUUGACAUAGUAACUGUCACAGCAACUGGUCAUCUUCCACCAGAUAGUGGUGCAUCAGCUCAAGCAAGACCUGGAACUCCUUCUAUGAAAAUUCCUCCAGUUGGGUCACCUGUAUCACAAUUAAAUGAUGCAGGUACACCAGGACGAGGAAGCCAGUCAACACAAAUUCCAAAAGCCACACAGUCGUUAAAAGUUUUAGCUGAACUUCCGAUCAUCGUUGUUCUGAUGUACCAGCUUUAUAAACAAAGUGUUCAAGUAAAGAUUGGUGAAUUCAUUCCUGUUGUUAUGAAUACGAUAACACUGCAACCGUCACAAGGAGCAAGACAAUUGAAGGCAUUUAACAAAGAAAUUUACGUUGAUUUCACUGCAGCUCAAAUUAAGACCCUCUCCUUCUUAGCUUAUAUCGUCAGGAUUUUUCAGGAUUUGGUUGGACAAUACUCUACUAACAUGGUUGCUGGCAUGCUAGCAUUGUUCAGAUACUGUCCCCAGGAAGUCGCUCAUCUGCGAAAGGAGUUGCUGAUUGCUGCAAGACACAUAUUAGCAACAGAACUAAGAUCAAAAUUUGUUCCACAUAUUGAGCAAUUAUUUGACGAAGAAGUGCUUAUUGGUAAUGGGUGGACAGUCAAUGAAGCAUUACGUCCUCUCGCUUACAGUACACUAGCUGAUUUUGUACACCAUGUUCGAGCUUUACUAACAUUGCCAAAUUUAUCCAUCGCUGUGCAAUUGUUUUCAAAAAAUGUGUAUGAUGAAUCGUUACCAAUAAGUAUACAAAGAAUGUCUUGCAAGCUCUUGCUCAAUCUUGUGGAAUGCAUUCGACAGAGAAGUGAUGAAGCUGCUGGAAGAGAAAUCCUUAUGAAGAUGCUGGAAGUAUUUGUUAGGAAGUUUCAAGCUAUCGCAAAACAUCACAUACCAGCUAUAAUGGACAAGUGUGAACCAGCAGUUGACCCACCACCUGACAAAAAACUAACAAAAGAUAACACAUCCAUGGGCACGUCAGUAUCAAUAUUGCAACCUUCUCCUGCAGCCAAUCUUGAUUCACAAUCUACUUCAAAUGAUGACGAGGGUGAACCCAAGAAAAGCCAACUUGGUCAAGGCACCUCGAAAGACAGUAAAGAAACUUUCUCUGUACCAGACUACAGAGAAAUGGUUAAAACUUUGGUAUGUGGUGCUAAAACAAUCACAUGGGGAGCUGGUUCUUGUAAAUUGCCUGGUGAUUUGAUGAUUCCUGUGUAUCCGCAAGGAAAUAAAGUCUUUCUACCUUCAGAAACAGAAAUUUUCAUUCGCUUGCUGAAAUAUGCCCUAGUAGCCUUGGAUGUGUACCAAAUCUCUGUCAACCCCUCUGGCACUGGUUAUGUGAAGAUGACCAACUCUCCACAUCAGAUUAGAAUGAAGGAAGAAAAAGAAAUUUUAGAACAUUUUGCUGGAGUUUUUACCAUGCUGAACACUGCUACGUUUAAAGAAGUAUUCUCUGCAACAAUUGAGUAUUUGGUCGAACGCAUUCACAACAAUUAUGCUUUCCAAAUCAUUCCCAACUCAUUUCUUGCUAACCCAAACACUUCAGCCACCUUUGCCACCAUUCUUGUUAACUUCUUGUUAGGACGGUUAAAGGACAUGGGAACCAAGUCUGACCAAGCAAAUUUGUACCUUAAACUCUUUAAACUGGUUUUCGGCUCAGUAUCAUUAUUUGCACAGGAGAAUGAACAAAUGCUAAAGCCUCAUCUUCACGAAAUAGUAAACAACUCUAUGGAACUUGCAUUAACUGCAAAAGAACCUUACAAUUAUUUUCUCCUUCUAAGGGCAUUGUUCAGAUCUAUUGGUGGAGGAAAUCACGACUUGCUCUACCAAGAGUUUUUGCCACUGCUUCCAACACUCCUGCAAGGCUUAAAUAAUUUGCAAAGUGGUAUUCAUAAGCAGUACAUGAAAGAUUUAUUUGUAGAACUGUGUCUUACAGUUCCAGUAAGACUUAGUUCCUUGUUGCCAUACCUACCAAUGCUUAUGGAUCCUUUGGUGUCGGCACUCAAUGGAUCACAAUCACUCGUUAGUCAAGGUUUACGCACAUUAGAGCUUUGUGUGGAUAACCUGCAGCCAGACUUUUUAUAUGAUCACAUUCAACCUGUUAAAUCCGACUUGAUGCAAGCUCUUUGGAAAACUUUACGAAACCCAAUGGAAACAAUGGCACAUGUUGCAUUUCGGGUUUUGGGCAAAUUUGGUGGAGGAGGAAGAAAAAUGUUGCAACAGCCACAACAGCUGGCAUAUAAAGUUAAUGAAAAUAUUGGACCAUGUUUGGUUGUACAUUUUCUAGAUCUUACUGAGCCAAUAAAUUUGCCAGUUGCUGUUAUUAUUGACAAAGCUGUUUCUGUCCUCAAGACUCAGAUUCCAACCUUGCCUGCAUCACAACAAAACAACUACUCUGUUGAUAAUAUCCCCUUUUACCGAGAACAAGCAUGGUUAAUAGCAAAGCAUUUUAUUGUUGCAGCGAUGUCAGUUGAAGAUACAACAAAUCUGUUUGAGUUAUUACUAAAAGAUGAUGGAUUCAGAAAAAAGACCAUCACAAAAUCAGGUAAAACUUGUGUUGCACCAUGUGCAGAUGAACAAUCAAAAAAGACUUUCCAACAAGGGUUGACUAGUAUGCUUUUUGCUGCAUCAAUAAAGGAAUUACAAGCAGAUGCAUUGCCAUUUACUUGUGGUAUAUUGCGACAAUUUGCAUUACUUGUUAUAACUCAACAAACUGGUUCAUAUUGUCAAGAGCCACAAACUAGCAUUGCUGGUAUGGAUGUCCAUGUUAUUAUUGACUCGAUUGCCGACAUUAUGUCACAUGAGGACAAAGAUCUUUGCAAAUAUGGACAUUUGGCGAUUACAAUUUUGUACGAAACUUCAUACAUCAUCAUACAGGAUAAACUAAAUGCGGUCAGGCUACCUUUCUUUGAAUAUAUGGCAGAAAAAUUGUGUGGUUGCUGUUAUGAACGCGCAUGGUUUGCAAAAAGUGGUGGUUGUUCAGCAAUUGAAUUUCUCAUGAAUUUGAUGCCACUUCAGUGGGUGGUUGAGCAUCAGCAGAUGUUUAUCAGUGCACUUUUGUUUGUUAUGAUGGAUUUAACAAAUGAGGUUUCAUCUGGAGCUGUUGAAUCUGCUAAAAGGAUUUUAGAAGACCUGCUGAGAAAAUGUAAUGCACCCGAUACAGACAAUAGUGUAUCACGUGAACAAUAUUUUUCCAUUGUGGUUCAAAAUAUGGUGAGAGAAGUUGUAUCACCAAAUCACACAGUACGCGAACAGGCGAGACACUCAUUACAUGUGUUGUCAUCUGUCACAAACAAAACUAUUCACGAGCUGAUGGAACCACAUAAAUCCUUGUUAGAAGAUAUGAUACCACCGAAGAAGCACCUAUUGAGACAUCAACCUGUGAAUACGCAGAUAGCUUUAAUGGAUGGAAACACAUUUUGUACUUCACUUUCUCCAAGAUUGUUUACAAUGGAUUUGUCUAUCGUAGAACAUAAAGUAUUUUUUACAGAGCUGUACACAUUAUGCGAAGCCGACGAUAACACUCUGAUGAAACUACCAUGUUACAAAUCUGUUACCUCAUUUUCUCAACUACGAGUCAGUGCUUUGGCUGCACUGACAUCAUGUCAUUACAUUGUGCAAGCUCGUGAAAAAAUUUUCAAUGUUUUGGUAAAGGCUAUUAAUUCCUCCAGCGCAGAAGUUAUGCAAGCAGGCAAAGAAAACAUGCAAAAGUUCAUCAAAGGAGGAGCUUUAGAAUCUGUCAAAGAACUUGUGUCUGUUAAUAUUAGACCGCUUCUGCUGAUGUUAGGAGAUUAUCGAAGUUUGAAUAUGAGUGUUUUACAGAAAUUAACAUGCUUUAUGGAGUUGUUUCCAGAACUGUUUAACGAGAAACUGUGUGAGCAGUUGCUUGCACAUUUACGAAGAUGGAUGGAGACAGCUAUUUCAACGUCUAAUACUCAAAAUCAACAGCAAUUAAAGCCUGCUGUACGAAGCACUGAUGAAAUCAAAAUAUGCAGUGCUAUCAUGAAUAUGUUUCAUUUGGUUCCAGCUGCUUCUUCGAAGUUGAUUGAACCACUCAUUACCUUGACAGUCAAAACAGAGAGAGCUCUAGUCCUGGAGAUUGGAAGUCCUUUCCGAAAACCACUUAUUGAUUUCUUGUUACAUUAUCCACAGCAUACCGUUGACUUCUUUCUUGCAAACAUAUCAGAUCCCCUUGUAAAUAGGUUAUUUGUGUGUGUAUUGAAACGGAAAGACACAAAAUCAUUGCGCACUUCUCUAGAAGGAAGCGGUGUAAAGUUGGUGAAUAGCACCUUCAUAAUCAACCAUAACCAAACUCAGGUUCAGGAUGAUCAAAAUGCAAUGAUUCAAAAACGACAAGCACUUCAAUUUCAAGGAUGCCUCAUUAUUCGAACUCUUGUCAAAUUCAAUAAAGAAUGGCUGACACACCAGCCGGUGUUGGUGACGCAUCUGUGUCGCAUAUGGAACAGUCACCCGUUGUUUGAGAAAUCAAAGAAUGGAAAUAGUAACAGCAAUACGUAUUGGCGAGAGAUUAAACUUCUUGCAAAGUGUUUACUUUCAUAUGCUCAAAAUAAACCUGGUGAAAUAGAUGUGUUGUUUCAGCUGUUAAAAGUAUACACUAUACGCUCGAUACCAAGCUUUCAUUUCUUAAAAAACUUUCUCGAAGAUGUCUGUAAGAACUACACCGUGGAGGAGAAACGAAAAGUGUUUUUCAAAUUUGUAGACUGUUUUCAAGAUCAAACUUAUAAUCAAGACCUAAAAGCCAUGAUCUUGCAACACGUUAUUAUCCCAAUGUUUGAGGAAAGCUUCAAACAAGGACAAACGAAUGAAAUUAUUGGAGGUCCCCCUGACCCAGAACAUGAUAGCCCCACUAAUGUGAUUAGUGUGUUUGUAAAUAAAGUCAUUGAUACUGAACCAUCAGCAACUAGCGAUUCUGUUCGUAUUUUACUUCUCCAAUUUUCUGCACUUCUGGUUGAACACGCUGGAGCUCACGUUCACGACGCAGCCAACAGGAAGCAAGGGACGAAACUGAAGAGAUUGUAUAUAUUUGCUUGGCCAUGUUUGUUAUCUAAACAAUGUGUGGAUCCAGCUACAAAAUAUCAUGGCUUCUACCUUCAAGCGCAUAUCAUUAUUAAGUUUGCCAUUCACAAGAAAUUUGUUUUACAGGUUUUCCAUGGUUUACUGAAAGCUCAUGGACAGGAAGCACGUACUAUUGUUCGCCAAGGUCUUGACAUACUUACUCCAGUGUUGCCAAGCCGUAUGGAGGAUGGGUACACCAUGUUGUCACAUUGGACAAAGAAAAUCAUUGUGGAGGAAGGACAUACAUUAAGUCAGCUGGUCCAUGUUCUGCACUUGCUUGUUCGUCACCAUUCUGUGUACUACCCAGUGCGUAUGGACCUUGUACAACACAUGAUCAACUCUAUGCAACGUCUGGGUUUUACACAAAGCGCAACUAUUGAACAUCGCAAACUGGCAGUUGAUCUUGCGGAGGUUAUCAGUGAAUGGGAGAAGAGAAGGUUCAAAGAAGAAGAUACAUCGGAGUCGCCUACCACUGUCGUUGGCAUAAAACGUUCAGUCACUGAUGGUGCUGAUAAUGGUUCGAAUAAACGACCACGUGGGAGUACUGGUCAGUUUCAAAGGGGAACAAAUGAAAAGGGAGAACCCCUCAAAACUGCUUUUGAGAAAGUUAUCGUGGAUGCAGUCUGCAAUUUCUUAUUUCGAGUUGCUUGUCAAGUGAACGAACAAUCUUCUACUACUAACUCGCCUGGCGAAGCUUUAUCCAAACGUUGCUUCAAGUUACUCCAAUCGUGUCUAAAACCAAACUGUUGGCCCAAUGCUGAACUGCGUGUCACAUGGCUGGAUAAAUUGUUUCUCUUGCUUGACCAAGCCAACGCCAACUUUGCAAACGUGUGCAUGGCGUUAGAAAUUCUCUCCUACUUAUGUACCGUACGUAACAAACAGGAUUUACUGGCUAUUUUUAAACCUCUUCAACGUGGAAUUAUAGUUUGCAUCUCGUGUCAAAAUGCGAAAGUCGUCAAGGGUGUUCAUACUAUGCUGCAGAAAUUACUCAGCCUCUUUCCAAUCGAAUCUGGUAUCCACGGCAACAAAACAGAAGAUCUGGAAAAUUUGUACAAUAACAUAGGAAGUACAGUUUAUGAAGGAUUAGUCAACUUUGAAACGAAUUCGUCAACCACUGCUUUGUAUGGACCAGUGAUGUUGUUAAAGGCAGCUUGUACAAACAGUCCAAACUAUCUGGACAAAUUUCUCAUUCACUUCAUGAAAGCCAUCCAAAAAAUGCAGAAAGACCACGUGACAGGUCAAAGUGGUGAAAGUGGUGGAUUGACUGAUUUAUUGAUUAGUUCGUUGGAGUUAGCUAAAACAAGACUGGCUGCCAUGCAUGGUGAUAUGAGAAAGGUUUUUCUGACCAUUUUGACAACCUUGAUUGAGAAAUCGCCGGAAUCGAAAUUACUAAAAGCCAUGAUCAAGAUGGUGGAUGAAUGGGUUAGAACGAAAAUUACGUCGCAAAACCAAAACAACAUUCCGUCCAUCAGGGAGAAGUCGUUGCUACUGUACAGGAUGAUGUUGAACUUUGAGAAGAGGUUUGCUGAUGACAUGGAAUUGCACGCACAGUUCUUAGAAAUUGUCAAUUACGUGUAUCGUGACAAGGCACUAAGUGGUAGCGAAUUAACUGCACGAUUGGAGCCUGCUUUCCUUGCUGGUUUGCAUAGCGUCAGUCCAAGCAUUCGCAUGAAAUUUAUGGAUAUAUUCGACAAAAGUAUGAAGAAGCGUAUAUACGAUCGUCUUAUGUAUAUAAUAUCAACGCAAAACUGGGAACAUAUGGGUAACCAUUACUGGAUCAAGCAAUGUUUAGAGUUACUUCUCAAUGUUGUUCAGUUGGAUCGCAUGAUGGUGUGUAAUAGUGUGUACAGUCGGCUGCCGUCAUGUUUGUCUGUUAUUCGCCAGUCAAAACACGCCAAUGCAAAGGAGAUAUUAAAAAAGAUGAGUAAAGUUGUUGACGAGCAGAAAUCCAAUACGAGCAACUCUUUUGCUGACAUGAAAAUCAAAGUUGAACCUGUUGACGAAGACGUCACUCCCAUGGAGACAGACGACUUUAAAGAGAGCACUGAGGUGUUUUUACCCAAAUUUUUUGCGCUUGCUAAAGACGAGAAAGAAAUCUUAGAGAAAUUGAAAACAAUUACCGACGAUACACUGGAGACAACUAAAGAAGCCGAGUGGGAACCAUUGCUCGAACAAUUAUCCAGCAAACAUGGUAUGUUCUUGAAGAAAUUACAUGACAUUAAAGUAGGACCAUUUGUUCGUGCUGUCUCUCAGCUGUCACAUCGCAGCACAAUACUUGCACACAAGAUUUGGGUGGAAAUGUUUCCACAUAUUUGGGACCUAUUAGAAGAGAAACAGCAUAUGGUAUUGUCUGGGGAGCUUGGUCCGUUCUUGUGUAGUGGCAGCCACUUAGCACAGACAGAAGGUUAUCGAAGUGCAAUAAACACAUUAGUGGAAGGCAUGUCGCGUUGUGAUCCGUCUAUACCUGUCCGCCCUUCCGUGUUAAAGUAUCUGGGAAAGACUCACAAUUUGUGGCAUCUAGCAGCGUUACUGUUGGAGAACAUGGCGGUAGCUUGUGAUGACAUGGUAUCUGUCAAUCCACAACUACCAAUUCAACAACCCUGGCUGGAUUUUGGUUUGUACGAUGAUGAAGUAUCUGAGCUUCCGAUACAAGAAACUUUUGAUUCACUAGCAGAGAUGUACGAACAGUUAAGUGAAGACGACAUGGCGGCUGGUUUGUGGCAGAGAAAAGCUCGCUUUCAAGAAACUAUUACAGCUUUGUCUUAUGAACAACAAGGUCUAUUUGAGCUUGCGCAAACCUCGUACGAAGGAGCCAUGACAAAGGCACGCGACCAUAGUAAUAGUGGAAAACUGGAUCCGAGAUUGUUAUCUGAGUAUCAGCUGUGGGAAGAUAGGUGGAUGCGCUGUGCUAAGGAGUUAGGACAAUGGGAUAUUUUGAUUGAAUUCGGAAAAACAAAAGCACAAUCGAAUCCGUUUAUUAUUCUAGAGAGCGCUUGGAGGAUUCCUGAUUGGCAAGUAAUGAAAGAAUCUCUAACUCAGGUUGAGGUUAGUUUUCCAGAAGCCCUUGCUUACCAACUCACGCUAUACCGAGGCUACCUUACCAUCUGUCAUCCAGAAGAUCAAAAUUUUAACAACGUUGAAAAACUUGUCGACACUGCUUCCACUCAAGCUAUAAGACAGUGGCGGAAGCUACCCCAAAUUGUGUCUACUAUGCACACAGGUAUUCUGCGGGCUGCACAGCAGAUUAUUGAACUGCAAGAAGCUUCUCAACUGCACAUGGGACUGCAGCAGCAAACAAUUGGUCGCAUGUCGAGCUUGCAUGACAUGAAGGCGACUGUGAAGACAUGGCGUAACCGAUUGCCGCUUCAAUGCGAUGAUUUAGUUCAUUGGUCAGAUAUUUUUAUGUGGAGACAUCACCACUAUCAAGCCAUUGUGGCGGCGUAUGAAAAUCUGUCUAGCCAAAUGGCAAAUGAAACACAAUCGAAUAAUCAUGCUAUGUUAGGUGUACACGCUUCAGCUUGGUCAAUUAUUUAUUAUGGUUACAUCGCAAGAAAGCAUGGUCUCACUGGUGUUUGCUUGGACUCGCUUAGUCGGAUUCAUACUAUACCUAGCGUACCUAUCGUUGACUGCUUUCAAAAAAUUCGCCAGCAAGUAAAAUGCUAUUUACAAAUGGCAGGUGUAAUGGGUAAACAAGAGCUCCAGGAAGGACUGGAGGUAAUCGAGUCAACAAACCUACGAUAUUUUACAAAAGAAAUGACGGCAGAGUUUUUUGCAUUAAAGGGGAUGUUUUUAGCGCAAGUUGGUCGGUCAGAUGAUGCGAAUAAAGCGUUCUCUGAAGCAGUCCAAAUGCAUGACACAUUAGUCAAAGCAUGGGCCUUAUGGGGUGAUUAUUUAGACAAUCUUUUCGUUAGCGAGAGAAACAUUACGUUAGGAGUGUACGCUUUAAUAUGUUACCUGCACGCUUGUCGAAGCAACCACGAAGCAAAAUGUAGAAAGUAUUUAGCGCGGUCGCUAUGGUUGCUGACGUACGACGACGAGAAAGCAACUUUAGCUGACACAUUGGAGAAAUAUUGCAUCGGUGUUCAUCCGGCUCAUUGGUUGCCAUGGAUACCGCAAUUGUUGACUUGUUUAGUCCGAAAAGAAGGACAGCGCGUCCUGAAUUUAAUUUUCUCGAUUGGUCGGGUGUUUCCACAAGCAGUCUACUUCCCAAUCCGUACGCUUUAUCUUACUCUAAAAAUAGAACAACGUGAGAAAUACAAGCUGGGCUUGGUUCAUAGUGGUAAAUCGUCGCCGUCAAAUUCUACCACAUCAUCUUCAGCAUCGUCAACACCAUCUCAAAAGAAUGAUGAUGCGAAAGCCAAAGGUGCGGAUGCUGGGCCAUCAACGAGCGGCGCUACUAAUAAUGCGUCAGGAUCUGGUACCAAUAAUGUUCCUACUCCAGCUAGUAUUGCUGCGAAACUUGCAACAUCAUCAACAGAUACAUCAACAACCACUCACUCUAACACCUUGAAGUUUCAAGCGAGCAAACCGUUCACCUCAAACGCGGCGAUUCUCACGCAAGGUAAACCAACAACCGUGUCAGUGCCAACUGUGUCUUCCACGGCAGGUACCGCUACAACCGCCUCCACUGCGGCGUCAACUACCAGUAGUUCAUCCACUUCAUCGUCUAAUAAUGGUGCAACUGGUUCCAUGACUUCAACUACUACCACCACAACAACAGCCACGACGGGUAGCACGAGCUCUCACUCUGAUUCAAGUGGAUUAAUACGCGCUCCUCCACAAAUGUGGAGGUGUAGUCGUAUUAUGCAUAUGCUUCGCGAUUUACAUCCUACUUUACUCUCUGCCCUGGAGGGCAUUGUUGAUCAAAUGGUAUGGUUUCGUGAAUGUUGGCACGAAGAUGUUUUACGACAGUUACGACAAGGUUUAGCGAAAUGUUAUCAAGUAGCCUUCGAGCAUCGAGGCGACGUUAACGGUGCACAAAUCACCCCUCGCACGUUGAGUUUCGUCAAAAAACUUGUAAGUACGUUUGGUAUCGGUUUCGAAAGUGCAUCGAACGUGUCGCAAACAUUUUCAUCAGCUGCUUCGGAGUCCCUAGCUCGACGAGCACAAGCAACAGCACAAGAUCCUGUUUUUCAGAAAUUGAAAGGACAGUUUAGUAGUGACUUCGACUUUAGCCAGCCAAAUUCAAUGAAGCUACAUACGUUAAUUUCAAAGUUAAAGAAGUGGAUAAAGAUCUUAGAAGCAAAAGCCAAACUCCUUCCCAGUUCUUUUUUGUUGGAAGAAACGUGUCGUUUUAUCAGCAACUUCUCACAGUCUACCGCAGAGGUAGAACUACCUGGAGAAUUCUUAAUGCCAAAAGCCACCACGCACAAUGCGUUUUACGUUCGAAUUGCCAAGUUUAUGCCACGGGUGGAGUUGGUGCAACGACAUAACUUCUCCGCCAGACGUCUCACAAUUCGUGGACACAAUGGCAAACUUUAUCCCUACCUUGUUGUUAAUGACGCCUGGUUAACAGAGUCAAGAAGAGAAGAACGAGUGCUGCAGUUACUGCGCAUGCUUAAUCAUUUUUUUCAAAAACGAAAAGAAACUUGCAGACGCGGGUUACAGUUUACAGUCCCGCGUGUAGUUGCUGUGUCUCCGCAGAUGAGGUUAAUCGAGGACAAUCCAUCGUUUAUCUCACUAAGUGAAAUAUACAAGGAGCGAAGCGAAAAGCGAAGAAUGGAUCCUGAACAACCAAUCACGUUGUAUUAUGAAAAACUGGCGCAAAUUCAAUCUCGUGGCUACAUGUUCAAUCAUCAAUCCUUACGAGAGAUUUUGAAAGAGAUACAAAAUUCUGUGGUUCCUGAUACACUAUUAAAAGAGUGGGCUACAUGCACGUACACAUCUGCCACGGAGUUUUGGACUUUUCGCAAAAAAUUAACCCAACAAAUUGCUUUGGCUGGUUUCGUAGAGUUUGUUUUGCAUCUAACAAGACUUGGUCCAGAAAUGAUCAAUAUUGCAAGGGAUUGUGGGAAUGUUACAUUUAAUUAUUUCCGAUUCGAUAUAGAUGAUGCAAAAGGUGAAUUAGAUGCAAACAGACCAGUUCCAUUCAGACUAACGCCCAAUUUAAGUGAAUUCAUCUCCCCCGUGGGUGUGAAUGGUAAUAUCACGCAUUGCAUGAUUGCUGUUGCUAGGUGCUUGAUGCAACCACAGUUUAGUGUGGAUAGUUAUUUUAAAGCCAUCUUAAAAGACGAACUUAUCGGUUGGUACAAAAAGAAGCAAGAUGAACAAAAUCUGCUUUCGUUUGGAAGCCAACCUGACAUGGACAACGAAGUGUUAAUCACAUCUGUCACCAAUGCCAGUACUGCAAUGAUGACAAGGUUGCAGAAUCUAGCCAUAUUUGAGAAUGCUGAAUCAAAGGUAGCUACGUUAAUAUCAGCUGCAUCCAAUCCUGACAAUACGUGUCGUAUGGACCCUGCGUGGCAUCCGUGGUUGUAAAGAACUUUGUGGUAACUAUGUAGCUAUAGUAAGUUGACGACGAAAGAAAAUGGCGCCUGUAGAAAAAUCGGAAGUAACAAACAAAUAUAAAGAAGUCGUGUGUGUAAAAACAAUUAUAUGAUAUGUCUGUCUGUUAUACACUUUCCUCUUGCAUAUAUCGACCCAACCGCCCUACUUAUAAUAUCUUCAUAUUUAUGGGCGAUACUUCUGUUGCAUGAACAGUGUUUUUUUACGUCGAGGUAUUUUUAAAAAAAUAUUUUAACCUUGUAAAUCAAGAGUUGGGUUGGUUUUAAAUUUCACAGACCAAACGUUUAUUUAUAUAUGACGUUUUAGACUUAUUUUUAAUAUUCAAUUUUUUUGCAAAAAAAAGAAAAGAGUGGUUUGUUUUAAUUUUUUUUAAAAAAGGAAUGUGCAAAAAAAAAAAUUUCGACUUUAAAUUUGAAGUUCUAUAUUGCUUAAGUACAUUAGAAAUACGUAUUGUUUCACAUUUGAAAAAAAAUUAUUAAACCAAAAAAUAAAUAAGGUAAUUUUGAUGUCUAGCCGUGUUUAUACCAGCCUGUAAAUAAAUAUUUAGGUAUUUCAUAUAGUGCAUGAUAUAUACUGUACUUAGCGACUUUAUGUUGUUCUUGUGGUGACGUGUCAUGAUACGGCGUCACGCUGUUGCAGUUCUUCCAAGAAAAGGGAAUAUAACGCUA